AGUAGAAGGGGAAUUAUUUGCUUGUAGCGUGAAAGAGACAGACUGAUCACGAGCGAGCUUCGGCAAUAGCGUAUUGUGUUUUGUUUACAAACAAAACACAGUAGACUUCCAAGAUGGCUGAAGAGUGGUUUUAGCAAGUUGGCCCACCUUAGUAUAUACUUCUAGGCGCCUUGAUGUAGCCAUGGUAACCGUCAAGGAAGCACAAACGGAAUGUUUCAUAAAAUUCUUCCCAGACAAACGUAUUCUUAUUUUUUGGAAAGUUUACAAUAAUGUUCUCGAGUCAGAACACAUUUAAAACAGGUGUUUAUCGCGCUAAUGGAUCAGUGGCAAAUUGGAAGUUUAGGAUAACCCUCAAAAAAAUUUACUCGCUUAUCGAGAUCCCACGCUUUGAUUCGUCUAUAGACGAAGAACCACUUGAGGAACCAUCCAAUAGUGAAGAGGAACACUUGGAUAUCGCGUGGCAAGAGAAAGUUUUCAGUAAAUCUGAAAUUGAUUACUAUAGUGCCAGAGACAACUGUCAUACUGAAUUGCAAAAUGCGUACUAUCACAAGAUCAAAUCGUCACGGCUGACUGAGCAGAAAUCGAGAGGAAAAAUUUUCACCUAUACUGCGGCCGAUAAUUUCGCUCUUGAUGAGGAAUUAUGUGCCACCAUCGGAAACAAAACGGUCCAUUUGGAUGAUGAAAAACUUAAUAUGGAAACUAUGUUCGUUAUGGCAGAUCUUGAUACGGAAGAAUUGUUAUUUUCACUCGCUUGGAACAGCACUGAAAACGUCCUCUUCGUUUACCCGGAUUUCAAUUGCAUGAAAAUUAAUCCCUACUACAAGGAGAUCCAAGGAGAUAGUCGUCAAAUGUAUCAUUUUGGAAUAAAAAAUCUUAGUUUCAAAAAAUGGAUUACAUGUUCACAAGAAACCGUUGAGAUUCGUGAUGUCUUUGCAUCUAAGAUCACACGAUUCAACAUUAGAGAUAAACUGUCGAAAGACAAUUUCGAAUAUCCAGAAAAUCAUCAGGUUCAGUUUUUGAUUCUUCUGGAAAUAAUUUCUGGUACAGGAUUUUCAUACAGUGACAUCUUCAUACGAUACCGACUUGAUAUACCGUCAGCAGCUAAAAUGAUUGCCGGAUUCGUGGAUGGAAGCACGCACAGUACAAAACAAUGCAAAGGAAGAUGGCUCUAUGGUCAUUGUCAUGAAAUUACACUACAAUUGCCGGAAAACCAUAAGACAAGCGAUGAUUGCGUUAGAAUAUACUUCGAUAUUAUCUCCACCGAUAGUUGGAAACGGGAACUAUUAUGAGCUGCUUCCCUAUGACCAAACGCUCAAUUCGGACCUGUACUGCCAACAACUGGACCGCUUGAAGGUAGCACUCAUGAAGAAGAGGCCAUCUUUGAUAAACAGAGGUCGCAUUGUCUUCCAUCAGGACAACGCCAGGCCACACACUUCUUUGGUGACGCGCCAGAAGCUCCGGGAGCUCGGAUGGGAGGUUCUUUUGCAUCCGCCGUAUAGUCC